UCAGCCAUGAUCCUGACGGGCCGCAGUUUGUGUCUUCCUUCUCGAGCCACCGUCCAGGAGCUCUUCUCGGUGGCUCAAGAUGCCAGCAUCAUCCCUGAUAUCUCCUUGGACCCUGUUCUCACCACCUUCCUGUCGCUGGACUCGUCAGCUGCGUUGCAGCAUCAGUACAACUUCUUACAGCGGAGCAUGAGCAUGGAGCAGCAGAGCACGUUCAACCUCAACCUGACAGCGAAGCUGGGGGGCAGCAGGGUAACCUGUGGAGGAGUGGGGGUUGUUGCUCUGGCUCUGUCCAUGCUUUUUGAUCAGGUUGCUCAACAGGUCCGAGCACAAGGAUCAACAGAGGGUCCCUCGUUAACUCAACCAUCCCGGCUUAAGAGGAUUUUUGGCAUCAGCAGCUCAUCGAGAAUCGGCUGGAUUAUCCACAGCUUCCUCACCCUUAUCCCAGGCAUCGCCAACAACCAGGAUCAGAUGGCUGAGACCACAGAGCUCUACGAUAACUGGCUGAAAUUUGAGCUUCUCGACCAUUAUGAGAGGAUGACCACAAGGAAGAGAAUGAGUUCAGCGUCCAUGCAGCAGUGGCUGACAGGAGCUGCAAUUCACCUGCACAUGAGAAUCCACCAGGCCCGUCUGCAGUCUGUGCCAUUAGGAUCAGUUGAAUCAAUGCGCAUUUCUUAUAAGACGGGGUUAGGUCACCUGGUUCGGGGCUAUACAGCCUACCUACGCGCAAACAUCCAGGAGACUCCAGCUCCUGGUCCACAAAAACCAAGAACCAGUGCUGCCAGAAGACCUAAACAUGCUAACACAUCUACUAUAACCAAUAUGACAUGCUCCAACAGCCUCCUUGUUAAUGGUAGCCAGGUUGGUCCAAGUAAUAAAUCUGCCACACCCAGUUCAACUGCAGGAAUUAACAGAGGCUGUAAAACUGAUGAAUCAGGUGGAGACUUUGGAUUUAAUGUCCUAAAUGGAAGCAAUGACACCACGAUGACAGGCGACACCCUCUACACUUCAUCCAGAUACAGCAGGACAAAGGAAGGCAGCAUGCUUGGACUGUUAGUCAUCGAGCCCUCGAGAAACGUGAGUCACAGUGUGCAGCAUCACCCCUGUGAGUCUCCAGCCAUACAAGAAGCUCUGGUGACUCGAAUAAUCAACGUGCAGGACCUGGAGAGCAACAGAAAUUUUUUCCUGUAUCCUGACGGAGUUUUUCAGAGCCUGCUAAGGCAGAGGGAUGACUUCGAACUGAGGACAAAUUAGACAAAAACAAAUAUCUGAUUAGUCAGCCACAAAAACUAACACAAUGUUGUUACAGCCAGAAAAGCACAAAAUUUUGUUUCCUAUUUUCUACCAGUGUAUUAAACUCGGUCAGUUACCACAUAUAUAAGACCCUUUCAAUACAAAUUUCACACUAACAGUAUGAAAUGUUUCACAUAAUUUAGGAAACAAAUGAAAGUGUUUUAUUCAAACUGUCAUCAAAUGUCAAAUGUCAUUUCAAAUUUGAACAGACCCUAAUAAAAAACCUCACAUU